UCUAUCGCAAAGUCGCAUUUUUAUAGUUUCCAAAUAAAACUAAGCGUGUUUUUUUCUAACUUGUUGUGCAUUCACAAAUUAGGACAAAAUGUCGCAUCAUUAUGUGGUGACCGCUCAAAAACCCACAGCGGUUGUCGCUUGUCUUACGGGCAACUUCACAUCGCCGACAGAUUUGAAUUUGGUUAUUGCCCGCAAUAAUCAAGUUGAAAUUGAUUUGGUGACGCCCGAGGGCUUGCGCCCGUUGAAAGAAAUCAACAUAAAUGGGAAAAUUACUGUAAUGCGACACUUUCGUCCACCGGAUAGCAAUAAGGAUCUUCUAUUUAUACUAACGCGUCGUUUCAAUGUCAUGAUACUUGAGGCUCGCAUGGUGGGUGAUAGUAUAACCGUCGUCACAAAGGCCAAUGGCAAUGUGUCCGACUCGGUUGGCAUACUCUCUGAGGGGGGUUUCAUUGCCGCAAUUGAUCCAAAAGCGCGUGUUAUCGGCAUGUGCUUGUAUCAGGGACUAUUUACGAUUAUACCCUUGGAUAAAGAUGCCAGUGAGCUGAAGGCAACCAAUUUGCGCAUGGAUGAGCUGACAGUCUAUGAUGCGGAGUUUCUACACGGCUGCUUAAAUCCAACAGUCAUUGUUAUACACAAGGAUAAUGAUGGUCGACAUGUGAAGUCGCACGAGAUCAAUUUGCGCGAUAAGGAAUUCAUAAAGAUGGCCUGGAAGCAGGAUAAUGUGGAAACAGAGGCUACAAUGCUUAUACCAGUGCCAUCACCCAUUGGCGGCGUCAUAGUCAUCGGACGGGAGUCCAUUGUUUAUCACGAUGGUAGCAAUUAUCAUGCAGUAGCACCGCUCACCUUCCGUCAAAGUACCAUUAAUUGCUAUGCUCGCGUGGACAGCAAAGGAUUGCGUUAUCUGCUGGGAAAUAUGGACGGACAACUCUAUAUGCUGUUCCUGGGCACAACAGAAACCAGCAAAGGUAUUACAGUAAAGGACAUUAAAGUGGAGCAAUUGGGCGAGAUUUCGAUACCAGAGUGUAUUACGUAUUUGGACAAUGGAUUUCUCUACAUUGGCAGCCGCCAUGGCGAUUCUCAGUUGGUGCGCCUAAGCUCGGAAUCCAUUGAUGGCUCUUAUGUCAUACCAGUGGAAAACUUUACUAACCUGGCGCCCAUUCUGGAUAUAGCUGUGGUGGAUUUGGAUCGACAGGGACAGGGUCAGAUUAUCACCUGCUCUGGCAGUUUCAAGGAUGGCUCUCUACGUAUUAUUCGCAUUGGCAUUGGCAUUCAGGAGCAUGCAUGUAUCGAUUUGCCUGGCAUUAAGGGUAUGUGGUCUCUGAAAGUUGGCAUUGAUGACAGCGUCUAUGAGAACACUCUGGUGUUGGCCUUUGUUGGUCACACGCGCAUUUUGACGCUCUCUGGGGAGGAGGUUGAAGAAACCGACAUUCCUGGAUUUGCUAGCGAUCUACAAUCGUUCCUCUGCGCUAACGUGGACUAUGAUCAGCUUAUACAAGUGACAGCGGAGAGUGUGCGUUUGGUGAAAAGCGCCACCAAGGCGCUAGUGGGUGAAUGGAAACCAGAUGGUGAACGCUCCAUUGGCGUUGUUUCCUGCAACACCACCCAGAUUGUCGUUGCAUCUGCUCGUGAAAUAUUCUACAUUUGCAUAGAGGAUGGCAGCCUGGUGGAGAAGUGUCGCAAGACAUUGCCAUACGAGGUUGCUUGCCUUGAUGUUACACCCUUGGACGAGAAGCAGAACAAGUCAGAUCUGGUUGCAGUGGGUCUGUGGACAGACAUAUCGGCUGUAAUCUUGUCGCUGCCCGAUUUGGAGACAAUUUACACAGAAAAGCUAAGUGGCGAGAUAAUACCACGUUCUAUAUUGAUGACCACAUUUGAGGACAUACAUUAUCUGCUGUGCGCAUUGGGCGAUGGUUCAAUGUACUAUUUCAUUUUGGACAAGGCUAACGGCCAGCUGACUGAAAAGAAGAAAGUUACGCUGGGCACACAGCCAACCACAUUACGAACCUUCCGCUCGUUCUCCACUACCAAUGUGUUUGCCUGCUCGGACCGUCCCACGGUCAUUUACUCUUCAAAUCAUAAGCUUGUCUUUUCCAAUGUUAAUCUGAAGGAGGUGAAUCAUAUGUGCUCGCUGAAUGCGCAGGCCUAUCCGGAUAGCUUGGCAUUGGCCACCAAAAACUCUGUUAUAUUGGGUACAAUCGACGAGAUCCAAAAGCUGCACAUUCGCACAGUGCCGCUUGGUGAAGGACCACGGCGAAUUGCCUAUCAGGAGGCAUCUCAGACAUUUGCCGUGUCCACGCUUCGCAUUGAUGUCCAUGGACGUGGAGGGGCCAAACCAUUGCGGAAUAGUGCAUCAACACAGGCUCAAAAUAUAACAUGCAGCUCCAAUAUAUUGCCCAAGCCAGGUGGCGGCAAUUCCACAGCUGCAAACGCCGAAGUUGGACAAGAGAUUGAUGUUCACAACUUGCUUGUAAUUGAUCAAAAUACCUUUGAGGUCUUGCAUUCGCAUCAGUUUGUGCCACCAGAAACAAUUUCAUCGUUGAUGUCCGCUAAGCUCGGUGAUGAUCCUAAUACCUAUUAUGUGGUAGCCACCUCAUUGGUCUUUCCCGACGAGCCGGAGCCAAAAGUGGGCCGAAUCAUCAUUUUCCAUUAUCAUGACAACAAACUUACCCAAGUGGCUGAAACCAAAGUGGAUGGCACUUGCUAUGCGUUGGUGGAAUUCAAUGGCAAGGUUCUUGCCGGCAUCGGCAGCUUUGUGCGUCUCUAUGAGUGGACUAAUGAGAAGGAGUUGCGUAUGGAAUGCAACAUACAGAAUAUGAUCGCUGCAUUGUUUUUGAAAGCCAAGGGAGACUUUAUUCUAGUCGGCGAUUUAAUGCGCUCCAUUACAUUGCUGCAGCACAAGCAGAUGGAGGGCAUUUUUGUGGAAAUUGCCCGGGACUGCGAACCCAAGUGGAUGCGUGCCGUGGAGAUACUCGACGAUGAUACUUUCCUGGGUUGCGAAACACACGAUAAUCUCUUUGUGUGCCAGAAGGAUAGUGCUGCCACUACAGAUGAGGAACGUCAGUUGCUGCCAGAAUUGGCGCGCUUCCAUUUGGGCGAUACAAUUAACGUGUUUCGUCAUGGCUCACUGGUCAUGCAAAAUGUUGGAGAACGUACAACGCCAAUUAAUGGGUGCGUACUGUAUGGCACCUGCAACGGAGCCAUUGGCAUUGUCACCCAGAUACCGCAAGAUUUUUACGACUUUCUUCAUGGCCUGGAGGAGCGUCUAAAGAAGAUCAUCAAGUCGGUGGGCAAAAUUGAUCAUACAUACUAUCGUAAUUACCAAAUCAAUACGAAAGUGGAGCCAAGUGAAGGCUUUAUUGAUGGUGAUUUAAUUGAAAGCUUUUUGGACUUGGGCCGAGAAAAGAUGCGGGAUGCGGUUCUUGGUCUUGAGUUGACGCUAAAUGGUGAACGCAAGAGCGCGGAUGUGGAGGAUGUCAUUAAGAUUGUGGAGGAUUUGACACGGAUGCAUUAAAGCAAUGUUUCGGACUGUAUAUAAUUCAUAUAUAUUGGUUAAUUUACAGUUUGUUUUUGCUUGUAAGUGUGAUUUCGGUACCAUGUAUCCUCUCUCCAAUACAACACAUAAUUCUUAAUUCAUUUCAUUGAACAUUUGUGUACCAAAUUAGUUAAGGGGUACUGAUACGGCACUUUUAGCCCUCUCAAAACAAAGAUCCUUACACAAUAUCGGAAGGAAAUACUGUUGUUUAGAAGUAUUUCAACAAUUUUAUUUGUUGAAACCAUUAAGUUCAACAAUAAUGCUAAUACGGUAUCAAAUCAAUUGCAUUGAUUCCAAUGUCUAUUACCACAAAAUUUACACUUUUUAUUGCAAGUUCAAUUUUAAUCGUUUUCUUCUGCCUACGCUGACUUCAAGUGUAUAGAAAAAGCUAUUUUAACGCACUUUUAAAGUUGCGCCACAUGUAAAAUGCUUAAUUAAACAAAUAAUUAUAUAGAACAAUAAUUCGUCAAAAUCUAAAUGUAAUGUGAAAUGCUAAAAAAAUUGAAUUGGAUUUGUCAAAGUUUUUGAAAUGAAUGCUUGAUCUGCCUGUUUUUCUCUCAGCUGAAUAAACAAGCAGCUAACAAGUAUUGUUUUAAUUACAAUUGGAUAAGUCCGAAUACCUUUUGGUAAAGAUCGCUGAGGAGCAAUGUAUUUCUGAUAAUAAAAUGAUAUGAUAAAAA